UUUCUGCAAGUGUUUCUCCGAUGGGUUGAAAAUUCUCACACGGCGGAGACUCAAUCGAAUCGAAUCAAAUCAAAUCCCUAAUAGAUCAUAUCACAUCUGAUCUGCCGUCAUUUUGAUCUCUCUCGCCGUCACCAUGGCGGCCCUCAACGCUCCGAUCACUAUCAAAGAGGCACUUACGUUGCCAAGUAUAGGGAUCAACCCACAGUUCAUUACGUUUACCAAUGUUACAAUGGAGUCUGAUAAGUUUAUAUGUGUUCGUGAAACGUCACCUCAAAACAGUGUGGUGAUCAUUGACAUGAGCAUGCCAAUGCAGCCACUGAGGAGGCCAAUUACAGCUGACUCGGCUCUUAUGAAUCCGAUUUCGAGGAUUCUGGCUCUGAAAGCUCAAUUUCCCGGGACUACUCAAGAUCACCUACAGAUAUUUAACAUUGAGAUGAAAGCCAAAAUGAAGUCUCAUCAGAUGCCUGAGCAGGUUGUCUUUUGGAAGUGGAUUACACCUAAGAUGUUGGGCAUGGUAACCCAGACCUCAGUAUAUCAUUGGUCAAUUGAAGGUGAUUCUGAACCUGUUAARAUGUUUGAUAGAACAGCCAAUUUAUCGWACAAUYRGAUARUUAAUUACAAAUGCGAUCCAUCCGAGAAAUGGUUGGUGUUGAUUGGAAUUGCUCCUGGCUCACCUGAGAGACCUCAGCUAGUCAAAGGAAACAUGCAGCUUUUUUCUGUUGAUCAGCAGCGAAGUGAAGCUAUUGAAGCACAUGCAGCAUCAUUUGCCACCUUCAAAGUUCCAGGCAAUGAGAAUCCUUCGAUUCUUAUUUCUUUUGCAACAAAAAGCUCCAAUGCUGGACAGGUUACAUCAAAGCUGCAUGUCAUUGAGMUUGGUGCCCAGCCAGGGAAACCCUCCUUUUUUGAUGGUUCCUUCUCUUUUACCAAGAAACAAGCAGAUCUUUUUUUCCCUCCUGACCUUGCAGAUGAUUUUCCAGUUGCCAUGCAGAUAUCCCACAAGUAUGGUCUGAUUUAUGUCAUUACCAAGCUGGGGACUCUAUUUGUAAAUGAUCUUGGAACCGCCACUGCAGUCUAUAGAAAUAGAAUUAGCCCAGAUCCAAUUUUCCUAACAUCUGAAGCUUCAUCAGUUGGGGGAUUUUAUGCUGUUAAUAGUCGUGGACAGGUGUUACUUGCCACUGUAAAUGAAUCAACAAUUGUGCCUUUUGUUAGUGGACAGUCAAACAAGCUGGAGCUUGCUGUCAAUCUUGCCAAACGAGGAAACCUACUGGGUGCAGAAAAUUUGGUUGUUCAGCGUUUCCAGGARUUGUUUGCUCAAACCAAGUACAAAGAAGCUGCUGAGCUUGCGGCAGAAUCUCCUCAAGGCAUUCUUCGUACACCAGAUACAGUUGCAAAAUUCCAGAGCGUACCCGUGCAAGCUGGACAAACACCACCUUUACUGCAGUACUUCGGGACCCUUCUGACUAAGGGAAAACUGAAUGCAUUUGAAUCUUUGGAACUAUCUCGCCUAGUUGUCAAUCAGAACAAGAAGAAUCUUCUAGAGAAUUGGUUAGCGGAGGACAAGUUGGAAUGCAGUGAGGAACUUGGAGACCUUGUGAAGGUAUAAAGUAUUAAAGUUUACAAGGUUUUGUGUUUAUUUGCAUCAACAUAAUGUUCUCGUGUUGUUUACCAUUUAUCUUUCUUGAAUUUCUAGACAGUGAACGAUGAUCUUGCAUUGAAAAUUUACAUCAAAGCAAGAGCAACCCCGAAAGUUGUCGCAGCUUUUGCUGAGCGAAGGGAGUUUGACAAAAUACUGAUUUACUCCAAGCAGGUUGGGUAUUCACCUGAUUAUUUGUUCCUUCUGCAAACAAUUCUUCGAUCGGACCCACAGGGAGCUGUUAAUUUUGCUUUAAUGAUGGCCCAAAUGGAAGGAGGUUGUCCUGUUGAUUACAACACCAUUACAGAUCUUUUUCUUCAGGCCUGUUCACCAUCUUUAUUGCAUUUCCUCAUUAGAAUCUAUAAUAUGAAGAUAAAUUACCUUCUCUCGUGCAAGUGAGGAUCGAUAUUAGAAACAAAUUUUAAAUGCCGUUUAUUCCAUCUCUUCAGAGGAACUUGAUACGGGAGGCAACAGCUUUUCUCUUGGAUGUUCUUAAGCCCAAUUUGCCAGAACAUGCUCAUCUCCAAACUAAGGUCCUUGAAAUCAACCUUGUGACAUUCCCUGAUGUUGCUGAUGCCAUAUUAGCUAAUGGUAUGUUCAGUCACUAUGAUCGGCCUCGGAUUGCUCGACUUUGUGUGAAAGCAGGUUUUUUUUAGGAGGCUUAAGCCCAAUCCUCAAUUGGCCCAUAAUUAGCACCCCAUCCCAAGUCUGCUUGAUGCAAUAUUUGGCCCAUAUCCUGCUAAGCCCACAACCAACUGCCCAAGCUUCUGUGUGAAAGCAGGUCUUUAUUGAUGGAACACCCCAAAGCCUAAAGUGACUGGUCCAAAAACUUCUAAAUCGUCUCUAACUAAAACUAUAGUGGAAGUUAUUGAAAGCCUAAGAAAUUCACAGCUCUUAUUUUCUAUCAUAUGGGACGGGUUGUCACAAACUUCACAACUUAAAUUUUUUGGCAUCCUUGUCAAACCUACCCAACAUUCCUUAUUCAUUGACGAUGUGACAUUCGCGUAAGUGCUCCAAAUAUCCCCUUAAGAACUUAAGAUGCUCGAUGAGGCUUGACCUACUAUGUUGAUGGUACAAAGAUCUGACUCUGAUACUAUAUGUAAUUCCUAAAGCUCUAGCAAUAGGCUGAUCCAGUAACCUCCAAAUCAACUUAAAACCAUGGUGCACAACUAAGUUCUUAAAACGAGUUCACAAAUAUCACCCUCUAUCCAAGUGGGAUGGUUGUUACGCUUCUAUGGUAUUAUAAGCAAACUAUUGUGCCUCUCAAUAAUUUAUGCAAAUAUAAACAAUCUUCCCUCUUUAUUGAACAUGCAUUUUCACAUCGAUAAAUCUCGUGUUAUUUACUUGCUUUCAGUAAUUAUAUUGUAUUGGAAAGUGUAUGUUCUUUGGCUAUUAUUGUAAGGUUUGAUACAUCAGUGAGAUUACAUUUAUUGACUCAUAUACAAUUGUAUCUGUAUUGAUUAGUGAGUGAUACACAAUAUCUAUUA